GACAAUUCGAAGGCCUCUCACUCCGUCAUCCCACGACACUCCGUCUCCUCGCACUCCAACACGCCCACAAUGUUCACGGCCCGCUUCGCCCGGUCUGCUCUGAGAGCGCGGCCUGCCGCUUUCAGACUACCAAUUCAGCAGAGAACCUAUGCGCAAGCCGUGUCUGAUAAGUUACGGCUUUCUCUGGUCUUGCCGCACGAGACUAUCUACAAAUCCGCCGAUGUUGUCCAAGUGAACAUCGCCGCCGAGUCCGGAGACAUGGGUAUUCUCUCUAGCCACGUUCCCAGCAUCGAACAAUUGAGACCCGGUCUCAUCGAGAUCAUCGAGGAGAGCGGACAGACCAAGAAGUUCUUCCUUGCCGGUGGUUUCGCUGUCGUCCAGCCCGACUCCAAUCUCAGCAUCAACGCCGUCGAGGGUUUCGCUCUCGAAGAUUUCAGCGCUGAUGCCGUCAAGUCACAGAUCGGUGAGGCUCAAAGGAUUGCGGCCGGUUCCGGAAGUGAGCAAGAUAUCGCUGAAGCCAAGGUUGAGUUAGAGGUCCUUGAGAGCCUUCAGGCUGCUAUGAAAUAG